AUGAGCCAAGACCUGUGGUACAGAUACGAGCGCAAAAACAUCUGGUCGAUACCUGAAAAGAUCGAGCCACGGUCGCCCAAGAACAACGUGCCCUGCGGCGCCAUCCGUGCCGAAGUUCCCUUGCCACGGCAGCCGGAGUUGCCUCUCCCAGCCAGCCCGAGCCCUGCGGAAGAAUCCCUGGCCGACUACCUUGGCCUUGGCCUCGAUGAUGACUUUGAGCCGAGUAGUCCGUACUACACGCCCGCCCAUGAACGCAUGGAAGAUGUGGCCGUUCUAUGCAAACAAUGUCCGUUGACAUGGACGAUAUGGUAA